UGGUUUCCGUUUGAGGUUUCCCCGCAUGCGGGGAGGGUGCGUCACGCAAGAAGAACACAAACACACAGAGGCAGAAAGCGAACAAAGAUCCCAGUCUCGUUCUAUCUAUGCGGUGAGAAGAAUAACAAUCCGUUCUAGCGCUAUCUCCUCUAUGGUUCCCCCCUCGCGCGCGCGCUCCUUCUCUAACAGGUCGGAAAUAUAGAUACUAUACAGUUCACUGGAGGGACGUCACAAGCGCCUGAGCCACUUGGGAGGCGUUGGCCGACCAUAGAGCUAGGAAGAGAGAGCGACGCCCCGUCUUCGGCCAAAGAGAGCGUCAAUGGCCGACUUCCGUUUCGUACCGGAAAAGCAAGCUGCGCGUCUCUCUAGCCUCUUGCUCGACUGUGGUCGGGUCUGUCGCCAUGGUGUCGCCGGGUGAAGUUGCUGCUUUGGUCUUGGUGGCUGUUCUUUGGGGAGGAACCAAUCCAUUUUUGAAAAGAGGAACAGAGGGUCUGGAGCGAGUGAAGAGAGAGAGCAGAACUCUACAGCUGCUGGCAGAAAUUAAAUUCCUUUGCCUCAAUUACAAGUAUGUGGUGCCAUUUGUGCUCAACCAGUGUGGCUCUUUUGUCUACUAUCUUACUUUAGGAUCUACAGACCUGACCUUGGCUGUACCUCUUUGUAACUCUCUGGCUCUGAUGUUCACAUUAGCAACAGGGAAGGUUCUUGGAGAAGACAUUGGCGGUGCAAGAGCAGCACUGGGAAUGCUACUGACAGCUUUGGGAGUUGCACUCUGCAUAGCCGGGUCUGUACAUGAGACGUCAUGAGAACCGUCUUGGAAGAAGGGAAGAAUUUGUGGAAGGCAACAGUUCUCCAUGCUAAUGCUGUCUCUGCUCGUAGGGCGCACGCACGCACGCACACAGCAUCUUUUGAGGCACCCAGUGGACUUCGCACAAGCUUAGAGCUGUCAAGGCCUGAAGGGAGGAGCAUUUUCAACUCGGGCAGGGUUUGUUCAAAGUGCUCAAGAGAGCAAUUUUCUGCAAAGGUGAACUAAAAGUGCAAGCAUUCCUGCUAGUGCACAUGCAGAGCUGUGAGGCAGGGCAGUGGAGGAAAACAAUGGAAGUGCUGAACUGUAAAGCCCCAAACAGCAUCAUCUGAAGGACUGCUUAGGCCUAUGUGAAGUUGCCUAAGCACUGAAAUUGGCUUUGGCAGCCCAGCUCUCUGGCCCAUAAUUAGUUAAGAUCAGAAGGGCAUGCAGAAAGACUAGGCUGGAGGACAAUAUGUUGGGAAAGUCUGGUCUAGGCUAAUGCCUAGAUUUUUUUCUGUGGAUUUACUCUUUGAUGCUUAUUUUAAUUGUUUCUUAGUCAUAGUAUAAGCCACCAUAGAAAGUUGUUACCUGGACAGGUGAUGUGUAAAUGAUUGUAAACAAAUAAAAACAAUACUGCAUUUGAGUAUGUGCAGAGUGGCUUUCCCCUGCCACUGUACAACCACAGCUCCUCACCCGCCCAAGCUACUGUAAUGACAGCACAGGCUUCUAGGCCAUCUUGAGCUCCAGCACUAAAGAAAAAUGAAUGAAAAAAACCCCUGGUGACUCUGGGCAAAGCAUAAAUCUUGUGUUGGCUGCAUUUGCAAAGUAUCAUGUGUGGACAGCUUUACCCUCUUCUUCGGAAACUCCCCGGUGUUUUCAAUGAAUUCAAGAAAGAGUAAUUAGUUGUACACAUGUGGGACUUGCAACAGAGUGUUGCAGUGGUUGUUGGUUGUUGUUUUUUUAAAUAAUAAUUAAAGAUUUUCUUGGUUUACAUAA